AUGGCGCCCAAGAAAAAGCGCGGGCCGAGCGCGGGGAGCCAGCCAGGUGGUGCGGGGGGCGCGGGUGCCGAGCAGCCGCUGUCGGAGCGCGCGCAGUACCUGCAGCGCGAAUACGCGCUGCUUUCGGAGCAGCUGGAGGCCUGCGAGGACCGCGUGGACCAGGUGCUGCAGGAGAACGCCUUCCUGGACCGCGAGGCGCUGCGCCUGCGCGAGGAGAACCGGCUCUACGCCAGCUAUGUGAGCGCGCGCGCCCAGCGCUGCGCCAACGCCAUCGUCCGGCUGGACGAGCAGAACCGCGUGGACCUGGCGCAGAUCCACUGGCAGCGGGCGGAACUGGCCUCGCUCUACCACGGGCGCGAGGACGGGGUGCGCGCGCAGCUGCUGGAGAUGGAGGCGCGCGCGGAGCAGAUGGCGCGGCAGGUGCAGGAACUGCAGCCCUACAAGGUGCUGCAGCUGGAGCAGCUGGCCCGGAUCCGGGUGCUGGAGCGCGAGCUGCUGCAUAUGCGCGUGGAGCACACGCAGCUGCUCCACCGCGUGAAGCGGCGCUUCCAGGAGGACAAGGCGGCUUUCGAGCGCGAGGCGCGUCAGCGCGUGCAGUCCCUGGCGCGGCGCGCGGAGCGGGAGGCGGCGCGCGCGCUCGUUGUGCACACGCAGGCCAUCAAGGCGGACAACUGGCGCCUGCGGCAGGAGCUGCUGCGGCUGCUCCGCCGGACCCAGCUGCUGCACGACACGCGGCGCCAGCUGUUGGAACAGCGCGAGCAGCUGCACCGCGAGCACGAGGACACGCGGGACCUGGCGCGUGUGCACGGCUGGCUGCCCAGGGGCCCCGGAGGCCCGCCGCUCUGGCAGCCGCCGGCCUCCUCCCAGCCCACCUCGCGCCACGGCUCAUCAGCUGCUCCCAUAGACCCUUCGGACACCGCCUCCCAGACCCAGUCCUUGGUCCCGUCGCGCGCGACUUCCCGGGCUCCAUCCGGGGUCCCGUCGCGCGCGGCCUCCCGGGCCUCGUCCGUGGUCCCGUCGCGCGCGACUUCCCAGGAUCCGUCCGUGGUCCCGUCGCGCGCGGCCUCCCGGGCCCUCUCGUUGGUGCCAUUGAGCAUGGGCUCCAGGGUCCCAUCGCUGGCCGCCUCAAAGCUGGGCUCCCGGAUCCCAUCCCUGACCACGUCACACGCAGCUUCCCGGACCCUGUCGCUGCCGCGGUCACGCGAGGGCUCUCGGAUCUCUUCGCGGUCCUCAUUGCGGGUGUCCUCGGAGGACACUCUCCGAUCUACGAAGUCUGGCCCCAAGCUUCGCUCCAGCCUGACAUGGGAUCGGGAUCCCGCCCUUCCCCACCCACAGUCGGAGGAGAGCGUGAUCGCUGACGCUGCGGCAGAAGCCUCCUCCGGGAGAGCCUGAACCCGCAGGGGGGAGGCCCGGGAGGCCCUGGUGUGGGCGACCCUCGUGCGCAGGAGGCUUACUGGGAUAAUGCAAUCGUCAAUAAAGGUGUGGCCCCCAGACCGCUCUGACACCCACGUGCGCCCUCCAGCACUUCCCGCUGGCACCGGAGCCGGAGCCGCUCAUUCGUGCGUCCAGUUUCCAAGCUGCAAGGGAACUCAGCGCCUGCUUUCUCUGAGCGUCCUCUGGGCCCCCGCGCCCCUGCCCUCAGCGCGUCCCCGCCGCGAGCCGGCAGGCGCAGAGCAAGCCCCGGCACCCGCGGGCGCGGCCGGGCGAUGAGGCAGCAGCUGGCAGCUGGGCCGCACGGGGAGGCCCGGGAGGAGCGUGGGCUUCGUUCUCCGGCGCCAAGGGGAGAGAACGGAUGUUGAACCCACUGGAGUUUUUUAGUGACUUUAAAACUUUGAUCCAUACCUUCCAACUUAGAGAAAUUUGCAAGAAUAGCAGAGGGACCGCCGUGGACCUUU